AACCGAAAGUACAAUUUCACAAUAAUGGCAGAUUCGGUGGGACCAGGAAUUGUAGAGUGGUAUGGAGGUGGAGACCGUCCUGGACAUCGCUGUGGUUACUGUAAAAGCUCCGACACAAAUGUUUCUGAUGGAAUGUGGGCUCACGCUCUGACGGUACAGGAUUAUCAAGACCUUAUAGACAGAGGAUGGAGAAGGAGUGGAAAGUACUGCUACAAACCCAAAAUGGACACCACCUGCUGUCCUCAUUACACAAUUAAAAUGGGAGCCCUCGACUUCAAAAUGUCAAAAUCACAUAAGAAAAUCAUCAAACAGUUCAACAAAUUUAUCAUCCAUGGGAAGAAAAGAGGGGAACAUGAAACAGAAGAGGACGGCAUGGGGGAAACAGAGGGAGGGGGGUUAAAAGGGGCAGGGGCAGAGAAAGGGGGCAAGAAAAAGGGGAGUGGCUCGCAUGAUUCUUCAGGCAAAGAGAAAGUGAUGGAGACAGACAAAGACAGGGUAGAGACAGAGACAUCACAGGUCAAAGGGGCACCCAAGCCAGGACUUGGUGCUGAUCCUAACAAACCAAAAUGUAAGAAAGCCAAGGAACUCAGGAAGGAAAGAAAACUGGCAAAACAAAGUUACAACCCACAACCAGAAAAACAGCCAUCACAGAAACAGAAAAACUCAGGGGAGAAAACUCUAGAAGAUUUACUAAAUGAACCUGACCAGGCAGAGAGUUGUGCUCAUAAGUUGGAGAUUCGGCUGGUUAGGUCAGAGCCCCGCAGUCCAGAAUUCACAAAAUCCUUUGACCACGCCCAUUCCGUCUACCAUUCCUAUCAAAUGAAAAUUCACAACGACCCUCCUGAAAAACCCAGCGUGGCUCAAUACACCAGAUUUCUAUGUAAUUCUCCACUACAGGAGGAGUAUAAAGAAGGGAGGCUCCCUAUGGGUUAUGGAUCUUUCCAUCAGCAGUAUUGGUUAGACGGUCAGAUAAUAGCUGUGGGGGUCAUCGAUAUCCUCCCAAACUGUGUAUCCUCCGUGUACCUCUACUAUCACCCAGACUAUGACUUCCUCAGUCUGGGGACCUACUCAGCUCUCAGGGAGAUUGCAUUUGUUCGUGAGCUGAACAAGAAAGACCCAGAUCUUACCUUUUACUACAUGGGUUAUUAUAUUCAUUCCUGUCCUAAGAUGAAAUACAAGGGACAGUACUAUCCGUCCUACCUCCUCUGUCCUGAAGUUUAUUCAUGGCAUCCUAUAGAGGAGUGUGCUCCAAAACUGGAUCAGAACAGAUACUCCAGGUUUGCUGAGCCUGGUAAAGAGGAUGAAGAAGGGAAGGUGGAAUUAGAUAAAGUUAUGAUUCUACACAAGAGAAUGGCCAUGACAUAUGAACAGUAUAAAUUACUCAACCCUAGGAAACAGACCACCCAUGAUAACGUCAUCAGGAAAUAUUCCAGCUUUGUGGGGCGGAGUUGUGCCACAAGGAUGUUACUAUACAGAGAUUAGAGUUUAAAGAACUAAUUUUACCAGCUUAUGUUUAUGUCUCAUUCAUUUACACUGUUGAUUUUAUGCAGUUAUAUUUUUAUUAUGUGAUAGAGGACUGCAUUGUUAUGUCACCCUGAAUGAAGUUGUGACAUAUUGUUAUUUUUAGACCUUUAGUUUAGCAACUUAAAGCACAUAAAAGUGAUGGAGAUGGUGUUAUAACUGCUAAAAUAACUAAAAAUGUCAUAUAAUGAUAGGCUAUUGCUAAAUAGCAAACUCUGUAGGUUUUUGAAUUGCUUUUUAAUGUAGAAAAAUUAGACACCAAAAAGUUAGUUAUAGUAUGUUUCUGUGCAUUGUUGUUUGUUUUGAAGAACAGUUCUGGUUUUUAUGCAUGCACAAUUGUACUGUAUUUUCAUAAUAAAGUGCACUUUGCAUGUAAGAUUCAUGUAUAUAAGAACUGUUACCAUUAGUGAUAACUUGACAAUUACAGUGUGCAUUAUAAAUUAUUUAAAAUAAUAGAAUUUGAAAAAUCUCAGUUUUGGGGGGUUAAAAAUUUAUCGUAUCUGUCAUAUUAUAAUAAAUUGUAGUGCUCCAUAAAAACAGAGAGCUGCAUAGGUGCUCUCUCUGGAAAGUAGAUAGUAGAAUUUUGUGUUUGUUACUUAGCUCCACAGUUGAUAUGUGUAUUGCUCCUCAGAUAUUAUACUUAGAGCAAAAAGUCUCUACACAUAUUAUAGUGCAUGUACAUGUACAUGUGUAUUUUAAUAAUUUGAUGUGCAAAAACAAAAGUAAAUAUAACUGCAUGUAAACCCCACUAAACUCUCUUGAAUUAUAUCAUACUUGUAUUGUUUAUAAAUAGGUUACAGUGUAUUAUGUGAAUAAUUAUAAUGUAUUACUUCAGAAAUAUUUGUCAAGAGGAAUAUAUGUAAAUUUCUUUCAUAUUUGUGCAAUAAGAAUC